CAAUCUAAAUAGUCUACCUACAUCUGGUCAAAAGUUGUCACAACGUGUGCGCCUGUUGCUCUCUCCUCUCGAUCACGUGCCUCAGCCUGUAUCACUGCUUGACAGUGAAGAGCAGGUCACAGUGAAAUAUAUGUAUUGAUAAAUGCCAUGGCGGCCGCGGUGCAACUUAGAAAUAGCCCAAAAACCCUGUACCAAUACAUUUUCACCCGCGACAUCGUUUUCAAAGUAGCCCAAUAUACAGACAACUACGAACAUGGCAACACUGCAGCUCACCCCCCUCUUUCUGACAUAUGAAAACCACUCCCCUCUCACUCUCACGAUUCCGGAGAAUUGAAACCAACAGCUGAGCUGAGACAUUAGCAGUAGGUUACACCGAGUCUUAGUAGUAAUAUCAAAGAUCUUCCUCUCUGGUAUGUCUCGAUUUCGCUGGGCUGAAACUCUAGAAGUUUUGAACCAAAAAAAGUUAAGUUGUCUAAUCUGUGUAGGUUUACUGGAUCCGCUGUGUAUUCCCUGCGGACAGAGUUACUGUAAAGUCUGUAUUUCUAACUGGGUUCAGGACCACCAAAAUGAUCCCUACCACAUCUGCCUUACGUGCAGACAGACCUACACCCCAAGACCUGCACUAUAUACAAACACCAAGCUUGAUGAAGUGGUGGAAAAAAUAGAAAAGACUGGACUGCAAGCUGAUGACACUGGAUCUGGAAGCAUAGUCACAUACUCCAAGUCAUAUACUGAGGAAAUACUGAGGAAACAUACUGAGGAGAUACUCCGCAAACAUAUGCUGAGAAAUCAGCACCUGGUCAGCAUGAACAAGAAAAAGAUGAGUGGGAGCAAGACACGCAAACAAGAAGCCCAGUCACCAGCUCCCUCUUCCAGCGGACAGGACUUGGAGUUUCAGGAUCCAGAGCCAGGGAAGACACAGGAACUGUAUGCCCAAAUGGAUGACAUCCUGGAUAGGGUGACUCAAAACAACUUCCAGCAAUCAAUGAAUGCAAUAACUGAGCUCACCAUUAACACAGAGGGCAGACUGAGGGCCAUCACUGACCUCAUAUAUGAGAGGGCCAUAGCACGCCCUGCCAGCUCUGUGGUCUACGCCAACAUGUGCCACUACCUCAUGGGGCUCAAAGUACCCAAGGCUGCCAUACCAGGAGUGACAAUAAAUUUCCGCAAGAUACUUCUGAACCGAGUCAAGACAGACUUUGAGAACAUGGGGAGGGACAGUCAUGAAAUCUUGCAGAAGAAGAUGGACGCCAUCACCAAGGAGGAGGACGGCCAGCAACUGAGAGAAGAGCUGGAGGAGGUCAAGGCUAAGGGGCGGAGGCAGUCUCUAGGCAACAUCCAGUUCAUGUGCGAGUUAUACAGGUUGAAGAUGAUUACGGAGGGCAUCAUGCACGACACCAUCGUAAAGCUGUUGAAGAACCACGACGAGGAUUCGCUGGAGUGUUUGUGCACCUUACUCUGCACCAUCGGCAAGGAAUUGGACUUUGAGAAGGCCAGGCCCAGAAUGGAUGAGUACUGCAACCAGAUUGAGAAGAUCGUGAAGAAUAGGACAACCUCUCCCAGAAUCACAAGCAUGCUGCAAAAUGUGCUGGAUCUCCGAAAGACAGAAAUACCCCAGCUUGCUGAAAAGAUGGAGAAGACCAGACUGCAAGCUGACGAUGAUGCUGACGAUCACACUGGACCUGCAGAUACGGAACCUGUUUUGCGACCUCAUUAUAAGUCAUCACCCAUGAAGCAACAGGAGCUGGUUAGCAUAUUGACACCACUACAGGAGAACGUAUGUCCUCAUGAUGAUAACCUGAAAGCUGAAGACCAUGAGACAGACUCUGCAGGGCGGGCUACCAAGAAGAAAAAGGUUAGUGUGCCCUUUAAAACAUGCCAGCAGAUAAUCCAGGAGAGAGAGGAGGAGCUACAGAAACUGAGACAAGAAGUGGAGUCUCUAAAGUGCUUAUCUCAGGCUACACUGGAGGACGGUGAGAGGUUCUUCACCAAAUUGAUUGAGACAAGGUGCUCAGAGGUGAGAGAGUGGAUCCAAGCAAAAGAGAAGGAGAUGGUGAGUGAGGCUGAGGGACUCAUACAGACACUCGAGAAGGAGCUUGAUGAGCUGAAGAGGACUGAAACAGAGGGUAGGCAGCUUCCACACAUAGAGGACGUCCCCCAUUUCCUCCAGAAAUUGCCCAGCAUCACUGAGGCUUUUGGAAAAGUGAAGAGGAUAUAUGCCACUAAAAUCCAAAAGCUAUUUGAAAAUACCUCCAAGAGACAAUUUAAGAGGUUUUAUGAAAUAGUUGAAGACAUGCUGGAACCAUACACCAUCACUUCUCUUGACAGACCCGAGGUGGAAGAAAAGGACCUGGAGGACUUUGUGGACCUAGAUACAGUGAAGACAGAGGAAAUAUAUGCACAAAUGGAUGACAUCCUGGACAGGCUGACUCCUAAGAACUUCCAUCAGUCGAUGAAGGUAGUGAGUGCAUUUACCAUUGACACCGAGGACAAACUCAAGGGCUUUAUUGACCGCAUAUAUAAGAAUGCCAUUGAAUACCCUACCUACGCUGAUGUCUACGCCAAGGUGUGCCACCAUCACCAACUCAUGGGGCUGAAAGUACCCGGAGUGACAGUACCCUUCCGCAAGCUGCUGCUGAACCGAUGCCAGAAGGGCUUUGAGAAAGACAAUAGUAAGAUCUUAAAGGAAAUGCAGAGAGAACUGGACUCGAUCACUGAGGAGGACCGACAGCGACUGAGGGAGGAGCUGGAGGAGACGAAGGCAGAGGGGCAGCGGGAGUUGCUAUGCAACAUCAGGUUCAUGUGCGAGUUGUUCAAGCUAAAGAUGAUUAUGGAGGCCGUCAUGCACAACUGCAUUGUAAAGCUACUAAAGAAUGGUGAUGAUGGUUCACUGGAGGGCUUGUGCACAUUACUCUUCACCAUCGGCAAGGACUUAGAGGAGGAUUCUCAGGAGGCUGAGUCCAGAAUGGAUCAGCACUACAGGCAGAUUGUGGUGAUCAUUAAUAAAAAGAGGACAUCCCCCAGAAUCCGCUACAUGCUGCGUGAUGCGAUGGACCUCAGAGAGCUCAAUUUGGAGAAAAAUGAAGACAAUUGAAGCGAAGAACCAGAUCUUUUCUAUGAGGUUUAAUGAUGUCCCAUGUAGCUCAGUUGGUAGAGCAUAGCGCCAUCCACUGGCACUAAGUGACACGACACCCACACACUACCUGGUUUGCAAUCCACCCAUUUUUCAGCCUCAUUCUAAGAAAUUCACUGCCAUUCAAAAGUUUGGGGUCACUUAGAAAUGUCAUUGUUUUUGAAAAAAAUAAAAAAAAUGGAACAGCUAAA